UAAUUCUUCUCUCAUCCAUCCUUAUUGGUUUUCCACAGCUUUGAUUCCCACAAAAGAUUUGAUUUUUCCACUUUUAAAUAUCUUGAGGAUAUGAAAUUCUUCAUGUGUAUUCUAGCGUUACAACAACUAUACGUGCAAAGUGUCGCCCAGGAUUUCGAUUUCUUCUACUUCGUGUUACAGUGGCCUGGAGCGUAUUGUGAUUCAAGACAUAGUUGUUGCUAUCCAAAAACCGGUAAACCAGCUGCGGAUUUUGGAAUUCACGGUCUAUGGCCUAACUACAAAACCGGUGGAUGGCCUCAAAACUGUAACCCUGACAGUCAAUUUGAUGAUUUACGGGUGUCUGAUCUGAUGAGCGAGUUACAAAGAGAAUGGCCAACUUUGUCGUGUCCGAGCAAUGAUGGUAUGAAGUUUUGGACACACGAGUGGGAGAAACAUGGCACAUGCGCAGAGUCCGAGCUUGACCAACAUGAUUACUUCGAAGCCGGUCUCAAACUCAAACAAAAAGCUAACCUCCUUCAUGCCCUAACCAAUGCUGGGAUUAAACCGGAUGAUAAAUUUUACGAAAUGAAAAAUAUUCAAAAUGCAAUCAAAGAAGCAACUGGAUUUGCUCCGGACAUAGAAUGUAAUAAAGACUCGUCACAUAAUAGCCAACUCUAUCAGGUUUAUCUAUGCGUUGAUACUUCGGCCUCCAAAUUCAUCAACUGUCCUGUUAUGCCACAUGGUCGAUGUGACUCUCGAGUUCAGUUUCCCAAGUUCUAAUAUUUACGGCUGAAUAUAAUUCUUUUUAUUUAUUUGCGAAAAACAUUAUAUCUGUUGGUUUUUAUUUUGUGUUUCUUACAACAUUUAAUUGUAAUAAAUAAUAUAUAAUUGGAUGGUACACUUGAUUUGCAUCGUUGA